CUAAACUAAAUACACACUCAACUGCCUCAAGCAAUCACCAAUUCACCAUAUCCACAAAGCAGUUCACUUAUAAAACACACAACCUUCUUGUAAUCCACAUCCGUCACGGCAUUACCCACUUUCUCAUUCCUCGUUUCUCAUCGCUGAUCACUUGGCUUUUGUCUCGAGAUGAGUUUCGGAACAGAGAAGGAUUAUGAGUUUCUAGGGAAGAUUGGUUUGGCUCCGGAGAAUCCAGGUGGGUUCAUAAAUGGGAAGUGGAAGGCAACUGGCCCAGUUAUCUCUACUUUCAAUCCUGCAGACAAUCAGGAAAUUGCUAAGGUCACCGAGGUAUCUAUAGAUGACUAUGAGGAGGGGAUUCGUGCUUGUAGUGAAGCAUCCAAGACAUGGAAGAGUCUUCCAGCGCCAAAGAGAGGUGAGAUUGUUAGACAGAUAGGAGAUGCAUUAAGGGCCAAAUUGGACUAUCUGGGCAGGCUUGUGUCCCUCGAGAUGGGAAAGAUAUUGGCUGAGGGAAUUGGGGAAGUUCAGGAAGUGAUUGAUAUGUGUGAUUUCUGUGUUGGAUUGAGCCGUCAACUGAAUGGAUCUAUCAUACCCUCAGAACGUCCAAACCAUAUGAUGUUUGAGGUUUGGAAUUCAUUGGGAAUAGUUGGUGUCAUCACUGCUUUCAAUUUCCCUUGUGCUGUUCUUGGAUGGAAUGCAUGCGUUGCGCUUGUCUGUGGUAACUGUGUUGUCUGGAAGGGUGCACCAACAACUCCCUUGGUAACUAUUGCUGUGACAAAGCUAAUUGCUGAGGUUCUUGAGAAAAAUAACUUGCCCGGGGCUAUAUUUACCGCUUUCUGUGGGGGAGCUGAAGUUGGUGAGGCAAUAGCAAAAGACAAAAGAAUACCCCUGGUUUCAUUCACUGGAAGUUCAAAGGUGGGUCAGCAUGUGCAACGAAUCGUCAGUGAUAGGUUUGGUAAAUGCUUGCUUGAAUUAAGUGGGAACAACGCCAUAAUUGUUAUGGAUGAUGCUGACAUCGAGUUGGCAGUGCGUUCUAUAUUUUUUGCAGCCGUUGGUACUGCUGGUCAGCGCUGCACAUCGUGCCGCAGAUUGUUUCUUCAUGAAAGCAUAUAUCAGAUUGUAUUAGAUAAGCUAGUUGGGCUUUACAAGCAAGUCAAGAUUGGUAACCCUUUGGAGAAAGGAACUCUAGUUGGGCCACUACAUACUCAUCAUUCAAAGGAGAAUUUUGAGAAGGGGAUUGGGGCUAUUAAAUCUCAGGGGGGAAAGAUUACUGUUGGUGGAUCAACUGUAGAGUCAGAAGGCAAUUAUGUGCAGCCAACAAUUGUUGAGAUUUCUCCAACUGCAGCUGUGGUGAGAGAAGAAUUGUUUGGUCCAGUUCUUUAUGUUAUGAAAUUCAAGUCUCUUGAUGAAGCAAUUGAACUGAACAACUCUGUAUCACAAGGAUUAAGUAGCUCAAUCUUCACAAGAAAGCCAGAAAUUCUCUUUAAAUGGAUUGGGCCACAUGGCAGUGAUUGUGGUAUAGUGAAUGUAAACAUUCCUACUAAUGGCGCUGAGAUUGGCGGUGCCUUUGGUGGAGAGAAGGCAACUGGUGGCGGCCGAGAAGCGGGGAGUGACUCGUGGAAGCAAUACAUGAAACGCGCAACAUGUACAAUCAACUAUGGGAGCGAACUACCGCUUGCUCAGGGCAUCAAUUUCGGCUGAUAAACCAGUCUUCCCAUUGAGGUGUGGUAUAGUCUCUAACUUUCCGCCAUGACAUAUCAAGAAAGUACAUUCUGCAGUAGCUGCUCUCAAGGUUACGAUUCCCCUACCAGCUUGAAUAUGUUCAAUGAAAGCCUGAACUGAUAUGUAUGAGUUUUUUCGAUAGGAAACUCAUAUGUAUGAGUUGGUACAUGACUAAUGUUUACAUUUCUAACCUUCAAAAAAUAAAUGCAGAAUGUUUAGAAAUAGUAUCCUCUUCUGUCAUUUGAGCUACUCAUUUGCUUUUCUAAAACUUCAUUUGGGAUCUGA